CUGCAGGCGACGCUGGCGCUGCAUGAAGUCGAACACACCUAUUGGUAGACUUUUCCUUUCGGAUUGUCAUGACGCGCAGUCAGUGUCUGACUUGGGUGGUAAGGGCUUUACCUCACUGAUUCAAACCACAAAGAAUCAUGGAGGAUGACUGCAAACCUUUACUGGGCUCUGUCCGAACAGGAGAAAGCUACACUCACAGAGGGUCUACGGAUUCACUUGAUUCAAGAGCUAAAAGGCCGUUCCAUGUGGAGCCCAGGAAUAUAGUUGAGAAUACCCCCCAGGAGAGAGUGACUUCUGAGGCCUCUGUCCUGAGCAGCCGAGUUCACUACUACAGCAAGCUUACUGCAUCCUCUGACAGAUUACUGAGUCCUCCAGACCACGUGAUCCCUGCACCACAAGAGAUCUACGUGUACAGCCCACUGGGAACAGCCUUCAAAGUAUCCAAAGGAGGGGAUGUAUCGUCCAAAAAUCCUAGUAUCGUCACUAUUUUUGCCAUAUGGAAUACAAUGAUGGGGACAUCUAUACUCAGCAUACCAUGGGGCAUUAAGCAGGCAGGGUUCACUUUGGGGAUCCUCAUCCUCAUCUCCAUGGGCCUGCUGACCCUGUACUGUUGUUACAGAGUGCUCAAGGCACCUCAAUCAAUACCAUACAUUGACACCUCUGACUGGGAGUUUCCUGACGUGUGUAAAUACUAUUUUGGGAAGUUUGGCCAGUGGUCCAGUCUGGUGUUCUCCAUGGUAUCACUCAUAGGUGCCAUGGUGGUCUACUGGGUCCUCAUGUCAAACUUCCUCUUCAACACUGGCAAAUUCAUCCACAACUAUGCUAACAAUGUCAGCAUGUCAGAUUCAGAUUUUGGGACCAAUGGCUCAGAAAGAGUGAUCUGCCCAUUCCCAAACUCCAUCCCGGGAGGAAACUCCAGCAGCUUCAACAUGAAUUAUCUGAGUGCCAGCAACUCGUCAGACACAGCCCUAUUUGAUCGCUAUUGGAGCAAAACCAACACCGUUCCUUUCUACCUCAUUGUCUUGCUGCUGCCGCUGCUCAACUUCCGUUCUGCAUCCUUUUUUGCCAGGUUCACUUUCCUAGGAACCAUAUCUGUUAUCUACUUGAUCUGCCUGGUCACGUGGAAAGCCUUCCAUCUUGGCAUCCACUUGGAGUUCCACUGGUUGGAUUCAACACAGUUCUAUGUUCCAGAGUUCAGGCUGCUGUUCCCUCAGCUUACUGGUGUACUGACGCUGGCUUUCUUCAUCCACAACUGCAUCAUCACACUCAUGAAAAGCAACAAGCACCAGGAAAAUAAUGUGCGAGACUUAUCUGUGGCUUAUCUAUUAGUGGGACUGACAUAUCUGUAUGUGGGAGUGUUGAUCUUUGCAGUCUUCCCCUCACCACCAUUGUCUAAAGACUGCAUUGAACCGAACUUUCUAGAUAACUUCCCUAGCUGUGAUGUGCUGGUGUUCGUAGCUCGCACCUGCCUGCUGUUUCAGAUGACCACAGUCUACCCUCUGCUUGGUUACCUGGUGCGUGUUCAGAUGAUGGGACAGUUCUUUGGCAAGCACUACCCCAGUUUCUUCCACGUCCUCACACUAAACAUAUUUAUUGUUGGAGCUGGAGUCCUCAUGGCUAAGUUUUACCCAAACAUUGGUUCCAUUAUAAGGUAUUCGGGGGCUACAUGCGGUCUGGCCCUGGUGUUUGUUUGCCCCGCCAUGGUCCACAUGAUCUCUCUAAAGCGUAGGGGUGAUCUCCACUGGCCCUCUGCCAUCUUCCACAGCUUCCUCAUCCUCCUGGGUGUGGCCAAUGUUUUGGGACAGUUCUUCAUGUAACUUAUUUCUCUGGGUGCUCACAGAAAUGCCAGGCCAGUGUUCCACCUUGAACAUUUUAGGUGUUGCACAAAAAAAAUUAACAAACAUAGGGGCAACACUGCUGCUGUGAGUUUAAGUGACAUUGUAGUUAUUGUCACACUAUGGAUGGACUGUAUUUAUGAGUGAUCUUACAAUCUGCAAAACACACUGGGAAAUUAUUACAAAUGUCUUUGUCUUCUAAAUACUUAUUGAUUUCCUCUGUCUUUGCACUUUCAUUAUCUUCAUACUGAUCUGUACUUUAAUCUUGCAACAAAGUCACACUUAAAGUCAAUGACAUUAGUCUAGAUAUUUUGGCUAACCUUUGUCCAAACAUAUUUACAGCCAAUACAAAUGUUCCCAAAACCUUGAGCAGGAUUUUUUAUUUAUCUGCGAUUGGUUAAAACUGCAAGUUUGCACAGCUAUGCUCAGGUGUAGGCUUGAUAUAGAGAUGAUAUGGAGAGGUUCUUGACCAUAUUUGAUUCUCGAUUUGAGAGAACUAUAGCAAAGUCACUCUUUUAUACAUUGAAACUCUCAAUCCCAAAACCAUUUAGUUUCACUUAUUUAGAUUUGACUUUAGCUUCUCACCCUGCUGCAUCUCUGGGUUUUGUAGUUGCUUGCACUCAUGACCAAGCAUCAUGCCACUGUUAGGAUUCCUGUGUAAUCACAUAAACAUCACUGACUGGAGGUUACUGGGGGUUCUAGAAAACUCCUACAAUUUUUUUCUCCCCAUUUCAAGCUAAAUAUAGACAAGGUGAAUCAUGUGUCAAGUGUACAUUCUCUUACGGAUAAAUAAUUCCAAAAUAAAUAUGUGAUGCAUACUUACA